GCCUCUCGUGGACUUUAGCAACUCUGGAGCUAAUAUAAAAUAUCAUUUUUCUAACCAAAAUUUUACCUUUUAUCAUAGACUUAUACACAAAUACAAUUUAUCCGUCUUGUGUUUUUAUAUUUUAGUCGUUUUAUGGAUAUGUCAUGUCGACUGAUGCCGAUCAUCAGGCAACAUCAACAAUCCCUAGCGCCCUUCCUUCUCAUUUCUAAACUAGGCCUAAUCUCUGCUCUGUAGCUGCGUUCGCUAUGGCAACUUAACGUAAAUUGAGUGUAACAUUCAAAGGCGAACAUGUUAUGUUGAUCAUGCGAGAUUUACGUACGAUGGGUGUAAUGCCGUUGAGAAUAUCAAGCUAUCCACUGUGUUUAAGGGGGUGCAAUGCGGCCAGAGACUGCUAAGGUGCGUUAUGCGAAAUGGGUGGGAGCCUCUCGUGCUGCUCGGCGUCGAGCCCCAGGCCCCACCGCAAAAAGGACAGUGGCGACCCUCCCCAUUCGGAGGAAAGUGCUUCGAACCUCCAGCACAUCAGUGAAAGGGAACCUGAAGAUUUUGAUCAGGACCCCUCGACACAUCCGACGGCUGGCCCGCUCUUCAUGCAGAGGUCUCGGAGUGACAUCAGAAAUUGCAAGGAGAAGCGGAGAAGUCAAAUUAAUCUGCAAGAGAAGCCGCUGCUCAAGAAGUCCAACUCGUGCUCCACCAUCUACCUGGACGACAGCACCGUGAGCCAGCCCAACCUGCGGUCGACCAUCAAGUGUGUGACCCUGGCCAUCUUCUACCACAUCCGAGACCGGGGCAGCCAGCAGCGCACCCUGGACAUCUUUGACGAGCGCCUGCACCCACUCAGCAAGGACCCACCCGAGAUGCGGGACCCGGACCACCGCACCAUCUACCGCUUUGUGCGCACCCUGUUCAAUGCCGCCCAGCUGAGCGCCGAGUGCGCCAUCAUAACCCUCGUCUACCUCGAGCGCUUGCUCACCUACGCCGAAAUGGACAUCUCCCCCUGCAGCUGGCGACGGGUCGUCCUGGGGGCUGUGCUCCUAGCCUCCAAGGUGUGGGAUGACCAAGCAGUCUGGAAUGUGGAUUACUGCCAGAUCCUCAAAGAGAUCACAGUGGAAGAUAUGAACGAGCUUGAGCGCCAGUUUCUUGAGCUCCUUCAAUUCAACAUCAAUGUGCCAGCUAGUGUCUACGCCAAGUACUACUUUGACCUCAGAACCCUGGCUGACCACAAUGAUCUUGCUUUUCCGUCGGAGCCCCUCAGCAAGGAGCGGGCACAAAAGCUCGAGGCAAUGUCAAGAGUGUGUGAAGACAAGUUGGGUGAACUUCACCGGAACGGCUUCAAAAAGUGGUCCAGCCUGGACAAUGUGAACAAUGUUUCUGCCCGCAGGAGCACAGCAAUCCUAUCCUGAUGAUACUGUCGUCCAUAUGUGCUGCCCCCUUCCCCCUAACACAUUCCCCGUGUUGGGUUUCUGCAUUAUUUUUAUAGGUUUGUUUUGCUCCUUAUUGCUUGUUACUGUCAUAGGAAAAAAAAGAAUUAAUUCUGUUUCAACAAUGGUGAGAGGAACAGGACAUGAACACUUUUAACUGCGCUGCGCACAGUUUAAAAGUUGGCUGUAACAUUGCCACGACACGACGUCAGCAGUGAAGGUGUUGUAAAAUUAUGUUAUUUGUGGCUCUUUUCGCACAAUUUGUUUUUUGUUGGUUGUUUUCUUGUUUGGUUGUUGAAAUGGGGAAAGGAAUUUUUCAAUGUGCUAGUUGCUUUUCUUUUGUUUAUUUUUAGUUCAGUUUUUCAGAUUGCUCGGAUGGGCACUUUUAAAUUGGUGGCCCCAUCUCCAAAAUGUUUUUCUGCAAACUGAAUUUUUGUUUCUGUAAUCAUCUCACCCUGCCAGUGGAAAGAAAAAAAAUGCAUUCACAAAAUAAUUACACAAGCAUGUUAAUUUUAUUAUGGGGAAACUUGUAUAAAUUUCUGAUAAUAAACAAGUAAAUGCAUGCUAGAUGGGGCCUUUAAUUUCACAAGUUUUGAAUUGUGUAUUUAAAAAAAAAUUACUGAAGGAACAGAUGGCCAUGAAUGCAUGCAGUGUGGAGCUGCAUGAACCAGGACAGAUUUUGAGUCUUUAAUAUAUAACAUUUUUUAAAAACAUUGUUGCACCACAACUUCAUACUAGUGAGCCCGUCAAUCCUUGCCAUGUGUCCCAAAGAGUGCUGUUCACCUGGGCUGCAGGGAAGUAUUAGAUCUUGAGAAGCAACUGGUGAUAAGCAUGCCAACUCCAGUGAAGGUGCUUAUGAGGAAAGAAUACAUCACUUCAGCACCAAUUAGAAUAAAGUCUGCAUACGAGCAAUGUUGGAUGCUAGCUUGAUUCAGUCUGAGAGACAAGGCCUACAUUCAAAUGGUUAAUAACAGCACUGGUGAAGUUAUGAAAUCUAGGUUCAUGUUUCAGACUUAGUAGACUAUGAAGUGCAGUAGGAACUGGCCUUUUCCAUCCUUGCACAUUAAUGUGUUUUGGUAGUCCUGUGUUCACUACUCUCCAGUCUUUGCUGUGCUCAAGGGAAUGCAGGGGCUAAUGCCUCCUGUAUUUUUUAACUUGUAAAAUACUGUAGAGCUCAGAUUCUAUGAAGUGAAAGUUAUCCAGAAUUUCUCGGUGCUGUUGUCUUUGUCUCUUUGGUUUAAAGUGGCGACAUCUUUGUAUCUAUUAAAUAGGUAUAAAGAGAACUUUGAAAACCCGAUAAUAAUAAAAAAAAAGACAAAAAAACUUGCUGAUGCUGUAGAACAGUGUGUCGUGCCCACUUCCCAACAAAGACUCAAUGUUGCAGCCUCAAGAAAGAUGUAUAUGAAAUCUCCCCAGCAAAUAUCAUGCAUCCGGUGCCAACGUCUGAAGAAUGCUUUGUUUGUCUUCACCCUCUUGCAAAUAAAUGUUGCUCUAAUGACAGGCCUUCA